CAGCCGCCGAGCAACCCACGGGGAGAGCGUCGGUUUAACGGAGCGAACACCGGGAACACCGUGGAUACUCACGGGAGGAUGCGGUCCUUCACGGACUCCGUUAAGACUUCCUCCCUGCUGGUCUGAGUCCACCAAGGGGGGUCCAGGAUCGUCUCCGAGGGGGUUCUGCUCACUCCACCAUGUGAGAGAGAGAGUGAUAGUUAAAGAGAGAGAGACAGAUCCAAGUGAACCAGGACCCCGAGCUCCUGGUCCGUCUUCAGGACUCGUCAUGAUCCGGAUUCAUAUCUUCAUGGUGGUUUUUGUGUUGGGUGUGUGUGACUCCGAGCUGGACUCCCCCGGCUGGAGGGAACCUCUGGACUGCGUCCGGGCCUCUGAACUGUGCAACCAGAACAGCCAGUGCAGCUCCCGGUACCGGAUCAUGCGCCAGUGCCUGUCUGGGGGUGACAAGGAGCGCAGCACCAUGCUGGCCUCCAAGGAGUGCCGGGGGGCGCUGGAGGUGCUGCAGGACUCGCCGCUGUACGACUGCCGCUGCAAGAGAGGCAUGAAGAAAGAGCUGCAGUGUCUGCAGAACUACUGGGGGAUCCACAUGGGUCUGAGUGAGGGACAAGACUUUUACGAGACGUCUCCCUACGAGCCAAUCCAUUUCUCUGAGGAAUUCCGACAUGCCUCCAUCAUCUCAGAUUCUUCCCUGUUGAAGAUGAGCCCCUGCUCUGAGACAGGGAAACCCUGUAACCCGUGUCUGGACGCAGCGAAGGCGUGUAACCUGAACGAGACGUGUAAACGACUGCGAUCCGCCUACAACUCCAUCUGCAGCAAGGCCACGCCCCCUCAGCCCUCCGUGGCCAAUCAGGAGCCGUGCAGCCGGAAAAGAUGUCAGAAAGCCCUGCGUCAGUUCUUCGAGCGGGUCUCAUGGGAGCUGAGUUACCCCCUGCUGUUCUGCUCGUGUCCGGACCAGGCGUGUGCCGAGCGCCGCCGCCGCACCAUCGUGCCUUCCUGCUCCCACCAGCAGCGGCACAAGCCCACCUGCCUGGAGCUCCGGCGCACCUGCCGCGCCGACGCCCUCUGCAGGUCUCGGCUGGCUGACUUCCACAUGAACUGCCAGAUGACGUCUCACAGCGCCACCAGCUGUCCUCGAGACAACGACCACGGCUGCCUGAUGUCCUACGUCGGCCUCAUCGGCUCUGAUGUGACGCCCAACUACAGCGACAGCAGUCCGUCCAACAUCACCAUGAGCCUGUGGUGCACCUGCAGGGGAACGGCCAAUCAGGAGCGCCAGUGUGACGCCUUCCAGCGAGACUUCACUCACAACAGCUGCCUCAAAAACGCCAUCCAGUCUUUCGGUUACGGAGCAGAAGGAGGAACUCUUCUGGUGACCGAACUGUCAUCCACCUUCUUCCCCCCCGCCCAGCCGCCAAUCAUCUCUAUACCCGGCCCCUCCCUACACACCAAUGCCAUCAAACCCCACGACAGCGCCUGUGUGUUCUCCACCUGUGCCAACCUGCAGGAUGGAGGCCCAAAGUGCAUCCCUUCUGAUGACUUUGAGUGUGAGGAGGCUCUGUUGGCUCAGGACUCUGCAGGACCGAGGAGCAGCCGGCGAUCAGCUCCGCUCCUCCCUGUGUGUGUGUCCGUCCUGGUUCUACUGUUUGUCUGAUUAACAUGAACUCACACACACUGUACACACACACACACACACACACA